GGGAGGGAGCGCCUUUCCCAGGGGAGGAGUUGCUGCGGGGAUCCGGAGGCUGCUCACGCGACGUUUUCUCUUCCCCUGUAGUCCUGCAGCGGAAGCUUGGCCCUUGGCGUUUCCUUCUCCUCCGGAGGAGAGCUUGGGAUGUGGUAAUGCCAGCCAGACUUUUCAGAGCCCUGACCAGAUCUCACUAUAUUUUAUCAAAAGCACAUCAGUGCCGAAGAUUUGUUCAUCUAACAUUAAAACCACCUAAGAAAUUUGAAAAUACAACAUGCGCCAUCCUGACAACGUGUCAGAACUUGGAUUUGUUCUUUCCUGAUUCAGCAGCUGGUGGUUUGAAUAAAUCUCAGAUCCUGGAAAUGAACCGAAAAACAUCAAACACAAGUGUACUCUUUCCAUUAAGUGCUAUGCAUUGCCAUGCUGAAAAAGCACACCUUCCAUCCAUGAAAUCCUUUGCUGCGCACAGGAAAGUGACCCACAAGCCAAAUCUAUUGGGUUCUAAGUGGUUUAUAAAAAUACUAAACAGGCAUUACUCACCUAUGUCAACUGAAAUAUUUGUUCCAAAACAAGACAUUCCCCAAGUCAAGAGACCACUAAAAGCAUCCAGGACCAGGCAGCCAUCCAGGACCAACCUUCCAGUCCUAUCUGUGAAUGAGGAUCUGAUGCAGUGCACAGCUUUUGCAACAGCAGAUGAAUAUCAUCUGGGGAAUCUCUCACAAGACCUGGCCUCCCACGGAUACGUUGAAGUAACGAGCUUACCUAGAGAUGCAGCAAAUAUUUUGGUGAUGGGUGUGGAAGCUUCUGCAAAAGAAGGUGAUACUGGAACAAUAUUCUUCUUCAAGGAAGGAGCUGCUGUAUUUUGGAAUGUGAAAGACAAAACUAUGAAGCAUGUGAUGCAAGUUCUCGAAAAACAUGAGAUUCAGCCCUAUGAAAUUGCACUAGUACACUGGGAAAAUGAAGAGCUUAACUACAUAAAAACAGAGGGACAGUCAAAACUUCACAGAGGGGAAAUCAAGUUAAAUGUGGAGCUGGAUUUAGAUGAUGCCAUUCUAGAGAAAUUUGCUUUCUCCAAUGCUCUUUGCCUUUCAGUGAAACUGGCUAUUUGGGAAGCAUCACUGGAUAAAUUUGUUGACUCUAUUCAGUCGAUUCCAGAGGCUUUAAAAGCCGGAAAGAAGGUGAAACUAUCUCAUAAAGAAGUUAUGCAGAAAAUGGGUGAACUCUUUGCCCUAAGGCACCGUAUAAACUUGAGUUCAGACUUCUUGAUUACUCCUGAUUUCUACUGGGAUAGAGAAAACCUGGAAGAACUUUAUGAUAAAACUUGUCAAUUCCUUAGCAUUACUCGAAGAGUUAAGUUUCAGAGGCUGGGAAGUCCAAAUUCCAGAGAACACAUCUGGAAAAGAGAACAGGAUUACAGUCACCGGUGAUGAAGGUUUGAGCAAGGAAGACACUGCAUGUAUGGUCCAGAGGAGAAGUAUAAAGAUAAGGAUGGCUUUCAGGAACUCACUCAAAUCCCUUAUGUUCAACAAGGAAGCUACAGUGCAAGAUGAGAAAUGUCAAAAAAGGAUCAAUAAUGAAAACAAAAGAGCACUGAUGUGAUCAAUUAGCUGGAUAAGAAUUAAACUACUAAGAAGGAAGGGGAAAACCUGGAGAAAGUGCCACUACAUCCUCACUCUGCUAAAUGAGAGAGAGGGACCCACCAGGAGGAAGGGCUGCUUCCGUACCCGCUGCUGUAAAGUCGACUAAGCAGCACAGAGCAAGCAGAGCAAGUUUCACUCGGUCCCAAAAUUUGAAGAUUCCUGUAACAAGUCAGUUCUGUGGCAGUCACUUCCUAAAACCUUAUAUGAACUAUAUAUAAAUACAGUAAAUAGCUUCUGAAUCCUGAAUUCACAGGGAGAAUGCAUACUGUUGCUCUGAAUCAAUACUGGAAACAAGUGAAAUAUUUGUCAAUUAUACCCCAACAAAGCUGGGGGGAAAACAUAAUGAUGUGUUUAGUUAAUAUUCUGAAGAAU